AUGACUGACGGCCCCCUCUACCUCGGGUUUGAUCUCUCAACCCAGCAACUCAAAGCCAUCGUCAUUCAGUCCGAUCUUCAAGUUGUCUCCGAUGCCAAAGUCGACUUUGACCAGGACUUCGGCUCCAAAUAUGGCAUCAAGAAGGGCGUCCAGCUAAAUGAGGUCGAAGGGGAGGUCUUUGCACCCGUAGCCAUGUGGCUCGAGGCUCUGGAUCUAGUGCUGCAACGUCUGGAAGCCAAGAAGACGCCCCUGGGCCGUAUUCACGGCAUCAGCGGCUCCUGCCAGCAGCAUGGGAGCGUCUACUGGAGCCGUGAGGCCGAGACCCUGCUCGGCACCUUGCAGCCGGACAAGGACCUCGUUGACCAGUUGAAGGGUGCCUUCUCCCACCCCUUUGCGCCAAACUGGCAGGACCACAGCACGCAGGCCGAGUGUGACCAGUUCGACGACAAGCUCGGCUCGCCAGAGCGGCUAGCCGAGGUCACUGGGAGUUCCGCCCACCAUCGGUUUACCGGCACUCAGAUAAUGCGGCUCGGCCGCAAGAUCCCUGACAUGUACGCCGCAACAUCUCAGGUCUCGCUCGUCUCCUCUUUCCUCGCAUCGCUCUUUCUCGGCACCGUCGCGCCUAUGGAUAUUAGCGAUGUGUGCGGUAUGAAUCUCUGGGACAUACCGGGGAACAACUGGUCGGAGCCACUUCUUGAGCUGACGGCCGGCAAGGGCGGGAUGGCAGAGCUGCGCAGCAAGCUCGGCGAGGUUCGGCAAGAUGGCGGCGGCAGCAUGGGCUGUAUCAGCAGCUACUUUACGGCUCGCUACGGCUUCAGGCCGGACUGCGGCAUCGCGCCCUUCACGGGCGACAACCCUGCCACAAUCUUGGCGCUGCCCCUUCGGCCGCUCGACGUCAUCGUCAGCCUCGGUACCAGCACCACCUUCCUCAUGAUCACGCCCGUCUAUAAGCCCGACCCGAGCUACCACUUCUUCAAUCAUCCUACCACGCCAGGCCAGUACAUGUUCAUGCUGUGCUAUAAGAACGGCGGGUUGGCGCGCGAGAAGGUGCGCGACGUGCUCCCUCCACCCCCCGCAGGAUCCUCCGACCCGUGGGAGAACUUCAACAAGUACGCCCUGCAGAUGCCGCCGUUAGAUGUCGCGUCGGCGUCAGACCGCGCGAAGCUAGGCUUGUACUUCUACCUCCCCGAGAUUGUUCCCAACAUCCGUGCAGGCACCUGGCGGUACACGUGUAACCCGGCCGACGGUACGGCACUGGCCGAGGCAGACGCGCCGUGGCCAGUCGAGACGGACGCGCGCGUCAUCAUCGAGUCGCAGGCGCUGUCGAUGCGUCUGCGCAGCCAGAAACUCGUAGAAGCCCCCGCUGGAGACAGAAGCAGCAGCAGCAGCAGCAGCAGCAUCCUGCCCGCCCAGCCGCGGCGCAUCUACCUCGUCGGCGGCGGUUCGCUGAACCCGGCGAUUGCGCGCGUCAUGGGCGACGUGCUGGGCGGCGUCGACGGCGUGUACAAGCUCGACGUUGGCGGCAACGCGUGCGCCUUGGGCGGAGCGUACAAGGCUGUAUGGGCGUUCGAGCGGGCCCCCGGUGAGACCUUUGACGAGCUCAUUGGCAGGCGCUGGAAGGAGGAGGGCGCCAUCCAAAAGGUCGGCGACGGCUACAGGGCAGGCAUCUUUGAGCAGUACGGGAACGUGCUGGGCGCGUUUGGCGACAUGGAGGAGCGCAUAUUAAAGGAGGCGAGGAAUACCUAG